UCCGAAAAUACCCACGUACUUUGCUACGAGAAGCUAUUCGCAAAGCUCACAACGCUUGCGGUAUUUGACCCAGUACGCUCAUUUCAUAGCGACGAUGCGAGUAGCCCGAUGCAUUCCGUCGCAAGGAAGAUCGCGGGUCAAUCGAGACCGCAAUUGAGGUUUGUGAGCCUUUGGUCUGCGAGCCCGCAAGCCUCUCUUCUCCGGCGAUCAUAUGCUACCACGAAGCUCGACUUGCCUGCCUUAGACCGAAAAUGGCGUCGGCCAAUACCAAAGCGGGGAGAGAGCUCCAAGCCGGUCGAAGACUUGAGACAUGAAUCUUCCAACGAUCGCAUGUAUAUCCUCUCCAUGUUUCCAUAUCCUUCUGGCAAUCUCCACCUCGGACAUCUUCGAGUAUAUACCAUUGCCGAUGUUAUCGCUCGAUUUCGAAGGCUACAGGGUCAUGAUGUGCUACUACCAAUGGGCUGGGACGCCUUUGGGUUGCCUGCUGAGAAUGCAGCAAUUGAACGUGGCAUUGAUCCGGCCGUAUGGACAAGGGACAAUAUUGCUCGUAUGAAAGAGCAGCUUGAGUGUAUGAAUGGGAGUUUCGAUUGGUCGCGGGAAUUCGCAACCUGUGACCCAGAGUUCUACAAGCACACCCAGAAGAUAUUUCUACUCCUUCAUAAGCAUGGACUCGUAAGCCAGAAAAAGGCGACUGUAAACUGGGACCCUGUAGACAUGACAGUGUUGGCAAACGAGCAAGUCGACGCGGACGGCCGGUCGUGGAGAUCAGGCGCGAAGAUUGUCCAGCGUGAGCUCGAACAGUGGUUCUUCCACAUAACCAAAUUCCAGGAAUCGCUUUUGGAAGAUCUGAACAAGCUAAGUGUAGACGAGGCUUGGCCCGAGAGAGUCUUGACUAUGCAAAAGAACUGGCUUGGACGUACUGAGGCCGCUUAUUAUGACUUCGCCUGCAGCAAGAACGACGAAACGGAUAAGAAUUGGCUAAAGAUAUACACUACAAGGCCGGAAACUAUAUAUGCCGCCCAAUUUAUCGCUCUCUCGCCUCAAUCACCCAUAGUACAACAGAUGGCGCAAGAUGAUUCGAAGCUACAAGAGUUUUUAGAACGCGUUAAGGACCUACCUCCAGAUACUACAGAAGGAUAUCAAAUAUCGCAGCUAAAGGCGACCAGCCCACUCACCCUUUCGACACAAGCCCCAGAACAGAACAUAUCACCUCUUCCCGUCUUCGUUGCUCCUUAUGUCCGAGGAGACUACGAGACCGGGGCAAUUAUGGGAGUUCCUGCCCAUGACGCGAGAGAUUUUGCAUUCUGGCAAAGACACUGCCCCGAGAUACCUCUUAAGUAUGCCGUUUCGCCGGAGCCCGAUGGGUCUACCGAAAGCCUCAAAAACGGCCCUUAUCUAGAAUCCGGAUAUUGUACCCCCCUAACUGGCUCGUAUUCCACGAUGCUCUCUAGCGAUGCUGCGAAGCAAAUCAUUCACCAGAUCAAGAAUGCAUCAAAUUUCGCACAGAGCAGUACCAAAUGGAGAAUCCGAGACUGGUUAAUCAGUAGACAAAGGUACUGGGGGACACCAAUCCCUAUCGUGCACUGCUCUACAUGCGGACCUCAACCUGUUCCAGAUGAUCAAUUGCCGGUCACCCUGCCCAAAGUAGACGCUCAUUGGGAAGAUGGUCGUGCCGGAAACCCGUUAGAGACUGCGACGGAUUGGGUCAACACCUCUUGUCCUAAAUGUCACGGCCCCGCUAAGAGGGACACCGACACGAUGGAUACUUUCGUAGAUUCCAGCUGGUAUUAUAUGAGGUUUCCGGAUCCCCACAACUCAGAAGCACCUAUCUCCAAGACCUUAGCCAAAAGCUAUCUCCCUGUUGAUGUUUACAUUGGCGGAGUCGAGCACGCCAUUCUUCACCUCCUCUACGCUCGAUUCAUAUAUAAAGCUGUUGUAGACCUUCUCGGGCUACCUGUAGAUCCAUCAAAAGAACCAUUCAAGCGACUCAUAACGCAAGGUAUGGUGCACGGAAAGACAUACUCAGACCCCGAUAGCGGGCGCUUCUUAAAACCGGACGAAGUCGAUCUCUCAGAUCUCUCCAAACCGAAAGUAACAGCAUCAGGAAAGACCGCGACGGUUUCAUUCGAGAAAAUGUCAAAAUCGAAACACAACGGCGUGGACCCAACUACAUUCAUCGCCAAGUACGGAUCCGACGCCACCAGAGCGCACAUCCUCUUCCAAGCACCCGUCGGCGAAGUCCUGAACUGGGACGAGGAUAAAAUCCUAGGUGUCAUCAGGUGGCUACGACGCGUCUUCGAAUUCAUCCAAAAAGUCCCCAAAGCAACAGACAUACAAAACGCCACCACAUUCAAUGGUGAAACGUACUUUCAAAAAGAAGUGAAGGCGGGGUCGCAAAAAACAGAUGAUAAGAAUGUCGUGUCACAACGGGCUGCAGAUGCGGAAGUGUGGCGCGCGACACAGAACACGAUUAUUUCCGUGACUAAUGCGAUUGAAAAGGUGUAUUCGAUGAACACUACCGUUUCUAGUUUGAUGGAACUCACCAACGUCAUUAUUAAAAACCAAGAUUCUACCUCCGAUGUGAUUAAACGCGAGGCUGCGUUGCUGCUUAUACGCAUGAUGGCGCCGAUCACACCCGCGAUCGCGGAGGAAUGCUGGAGUAUUCUGCAGCCAGGUGGUGGUAGUGUCUUCGCCGAUUCCUGGCCCGCGCCGGAUAACUCCCUGCGACACCUCGGUCCGAGCCGGAUUAAUUGCGCGGUUCAGGUCAAUGGGAAGUUGAGGUGCGUGGUUGAGAUACCGAUGAAGCCGGCUGGGAUGGCGGAUGGGAGUGAGGAGUUUCUCGACUGGGUUAGGGGGGAGAUACUUAAGUCCGAGGAGGCGAGGGGGAAGUUGGUGGGCGAGAAUGAUAUCAUGAUGGCGCGGAAGGUGUUCUCGGUGAAAGGGGGGGCGGUUAUGAAUUAUGUGGUUCCGAAGGUGAAGGGGAGGUAGAGGAGAGGUACAAUAAAAGGGGUGUUGGGUAGGUAUAUAGGGGCGUAGGUAGAUACGAGAAGAUACCCGGCUCAGUGCUUAACUAGAUGCGU